AUUCUUUCCACACAAAAUGUCGCAAACUCUCCUGAACGCUAACCCCACGGUUUACAAUCUUGCCAAAAUCGAACGUUUGGAUACGGCUUAUGAACUGAACGAUGAUGUGGAAGAUCCUAUUGACAGUCAGGAAGUGUUUGACUUGAUUCGCUCCAUCUCCGAUCCCGAACACCCUUUGACCCUCGAACAACUCAAUGUCACACGAUUCGAACAUGUCACCGUAGCGGACGAAGCCAAUCGUGUGCUUGUUGAAUUUACGCCUACAAUUCCUCACUGCUCCAUGGCCACACUCAUUGGUUUAUGUAUUCGGGUACGUUUGCUCCGCAGUCUACCCGAACGAUUCAAGGUUGAUAUUCGGGUUCGAAAAGGUACUCACCAGUCUGAAGAUGCAGUUAAUAAGCAACUCAACGAUAAAGAGCGUGUGGCAGCUGCACUGGAGAAUGCUCAUUUACUAGAAGUCGUCAAUCAGUGUUUGGCCACCGCAAGUCUGCGUGGUCAGGAAGUAGCUAAUCAUUAGUGACAUUAAUCGCCUACAUUCGUUUUCUUUCUCAUCCAUAAUCCACACCAAUAUAUCGAAAACCUUAUCGAACGCUUUGUAAAAUAUAUAAAAACAUACAAAUACAGCCGGCAUCUCCUUC